AUGACUGGAGGAUCAUGCGGAGAAGUUGUUCGUUCUAUACUUCGUUCACAUUGUGAUGGCUCGGAAACGGACAUCGACUACGUGGAGCUCUUCCUGGAUUUCGAAAACGCAGUACCUCGAGAUGAUGAGCGAUAUCUAUUUGAUCUUUCGGAGAAAAUAAUAAACCAGUGCACUGAAGUGUUGAGCGAUGUGAAAUGUUAUGGCAAAGGAGCAACUGAAGAAAUACGACAGUCACUUCAGAAUCCACAUGACUUAUCUUUAAGAGAUGUAACCGUAAAUGUCGUUGAAGACUGCGUUGCGCGGAUCCGGUGUUAUUUUGAACUGUCACUCCGGAUAGAAAAGCUAGUUCCGGAGUUACUGUGGGAUUUGUGCUCUGGUCCUCUUCCUCCUGAGGACCAACUUGACAGGAAACAAUCGCUAGCGCGCCAAUUUGCACGUCUGAUUGAUUUCAUUUUGGAUUUUGAUGCUGUCAAGAUGUGUACGCCUGCACUUCAAAACGAUUUCAGUCACUACCGUCGUAGCAUUGGCCUGGGUUUACUAGGGACCACUGCGACGGAUGUGGAAUUGGGAAAUUCAAUUUCUCUGUUUCUUGCUGCCUCGACACCAAUGCUUUCGAGUUUGAGCUCUGCCACAAUGGAAUUUGUUCGAUCACAUCCAACACUUCCUAUAGGGAACACUACAGAUACUUUGGCCACUAUUAUUAGCGUUUGUCGAUACAUGGUGGAAUCACCCGAUGUAUCCUCUCGCAUGACGGAAACAACACGUCUCUUCUGUGUACGGGUGAUGGUCGGCUGUUUAAUACUUUACGACCAUAUAGACGAUAAUGGAGCUUUUGUACGAGAGUCUCCUAUCAACUUACGCGCAGUUGUCAACGUCGUGAGGGAACAGACACAACCACCUCAGACUGACGCUCUUCUCAACGCCAUUCGCUACACUUCCAAACACUUCUCUCAACCUACAACACCAAAGAAUGUUUAUCGGAGAUCGGUGCUUAUUAUAUCCCGUUACGCUCGUUGUAUUCUACUGCUUCGUACCUAUUAA